ACACCCAGCGAAUUUGUAACGUUUAAGGGCAUCUCAAGAGGUGGAAAGUUUAUAAGACUGCUUACACUCUAGGAAACAUCAAAGAUAACAAUGGCGUCCUGGGAAAACCCGAAAACCCAGGAUAUCGUACAAGGUCAAGGGAAGCUGAACCAGCUGGGUGGGGUGUUUGUGAAUGGCAAGCCUCUACCCAUCUCAGUCCGCCGGCGGAUUAUCGAGAUGGCCGAACAAGGCAUGAAAGCUUGUGAGAUCAGCAGAAGACUCCGAGUCUCGCACGGGUGCAUCAGCAAGCUCCUGGCAAAGUUCCAAGAAACAGGUUCAUACCUAGCUGGGAGAGUACACCAACGUUAUUCAUCCACAAGCACAAGACAAGAGGACUACACUGCAAGGAGCAAGAGCAGCCAAGAGAGUUCCGAGCCAAGAGCGAUAGUAUUCGGAGAAGAAUCGGCCUCUCGUUCGACGGAUAGUGGCAGCAUCAGUCUAAAUUCAACACAGAGUCGAAAAUCUUUUACCAUCGCAAGCAUUUUGGACUUGGAAACAAAGAAGGAACUUCCUAUGGGCGGCAUAGACCAGCGUUGUACCGAGGAUUCCGCGGCAAACGCCAAGCACAGGCGACUCGUCCAUUAUCAGCGCCGCAACCGCACAAAGUUCACCGCCUAUCAGCUCGAGCAACUUGAGGACGCGUACCAAAAAGCCAAGUACCCGGAUGUGCAGGCGCGUGAGACGCUAGCUCAGCGCCUAGGAGUCGCAGAAUCCAGAGUACAGGUUUGGUUUUCUAAUCGCCGAUCCAAAGGAAAACGCAAAGAGAAAUCACAAAAAGCAGUCACUCAAGCGACCUCGCGAGCCACAGUUCAAGAAAAUGCGUCAAUCUACCAUUACCAUGGCAACAUUAAUUUGGAUUAUUGCAAUACGAGGUGUCAGAGAGAGUGCAUGGCAUAUCUUUCUAUCUCACAAAGUCAACCAAUGGAUCCGACACGCUCUUGCAAUGAUUUUUAUUUUUUAUAUGAUAAAUACAGGCACAUGUAUUGAAUGACUGGCAUUAGGACGAUAGCCAAAAAUAAGAAAUACCGCAUUUGCAUUUA